UAUCGAUUGAGUUUCCCCAUCUCUUUUUGAUUAAAAUGGAAAACGAAGGAACCAACGAUGCACUCGAUGCAGCAAAAAGUUUGGAUUUACUUGACAAAAUGAAAGGUAUCGACAGACGUGCUACAGAGGAAGAAUUCCAAAACUUUAUGCAUCGUGUCACUGAAGUAGAAAAAAUUGUAAAACAAAUUACUUCGUCGGAUGAGCAAGAGCAGAAAACGGGUAUGUUAUUAGCCGACGAAAUCUUGAAUAAAAAUGUCAAGACUGAAAUCUCUGAGAUUGGUGAGCUAAAAGUGAAAUCUAGCAGAACUAUCAUUAAUAAAUACAAAGAAGAAAAAAAAACUGAUCCCGGUCAAAUGUCUCAAGAAGCUUUUAUGCGAGGUGUCGAGGAAGAUGUGAAAAAGCGCGCCGCGAAUCGCAAAAUUUGCAACGAAAGAGCUGAAACUUAUAAAAGAAUCGGCAACAGUGCCUUCAAAGAUGGAAAUUAUGAAAAAGCCGUAACAUAUUUCACAAAAGCAGUAGAACAGCGCAAAGAUUCUUCCGUCUUGUGGAAUAAUCGAGCUUUAUGCUACAUGAAACUCAAGCUUUACGAAAAAGCUUUGGAAGAUUGCGAAUGGGCUCUCAAGUGCAAUCGAGCCAACAUUAAAGCUCUUCUCAACAGCGCCAAAUGUCAAAAGCUUCUGGGUGAUAACGUCAAGUGUCAAGAGUUCAUCGAGCUUGCUAGAGAGAAAAAUCCGCAUCUUAAAAAUUACAUCGCAGAUUUUGAAAAAAAUUUAGUACAUUCUAGUGAAGAAAAUAUUGGAACUGGGUCAGGAGAAAAUUCGAUUGACUAA